ACAACCAUCUUCCCUUUAACCUUCUGGGCAGGGCAGUGUUUCAGUUUCUUGGAGCACAAUAUGCAGCAGAGAAGUGCCAUUUCUCCUUCAAGACGCAUCUAAAGAGGUGUAGAUCUAGAUGCUUUCUUUGUCUAGAUGGAGCCCUCAGGCACCCCAGAGUCCACCACCCCUUUUGAAUAUGAUCCUCAGAGCUUACUGUGUGAGAGCAAGACCUUUACCUUUGCCACCAUCAGCACCACCAUCCUGUACUUCCUGGUGUUCCUCCUCAGCCUGGUGGGCAACAGCCUGGUGUUGUGGGUCCUAGUGAAGUAUGAGAGCCUGGAAUCCCUCACCAAUGUCUUCAUCUUCAACCUGUGCCUCUCAGAUCUGGCGUUCUCCUGCUUGUUGCCAGUGUGGAUCAUGGCGUACCACUGGGGCUGGCUGCUGGGGGACUUCCUCUGCAAGCUCCUCAGCAUGAUCUUCUCCAUCAGCCUCUACAGCAGCAUCUUCUUCCUGACCAUCAUGACUAUCCACCGCUACCUGUCGGUGGUGAGGCCCCUCUCAUCCCUGCGUGUCCACACCCUCCAGUGCCGUGUGCUGGUGACCAUGGCUGUGUGGGCAACCAGCAUCCUGUCCUCCAUCCCCGAUGCUAUCUUCCACACAGUGCUUUCUUCACACUGUGUCUACUCAGAAAGGAAGGGGUUCCUAACCUCGGUCUACCAGCAUAAUGUCUUCUUCCUGCUCUCCAUCGGGAUUAUCCUGUUCUGCUACGUGGAGAUUCUCAAGACCCUGUUCCGCUCUCGGUCCAAACGGCGCCCUCGAACAGUCAGGCUUAUAUUCACCAUCGUGACAGCCUACUUCCUUAGCUGGGUUCCCUACAACCUGGUCCUGUUUCUGCAGACACUGCUGAAACUUGAGGUCAUCCAGAGCUGCGAGUUCAGCCAGCAAGUGGAUUAUGCCAUACUCAUCUGCCGCAACCUUGCCUUCUCCCACUGCUGCUUCAACCCAGUGCUCUACGUUUUUGUUGGGGUCAAGUUCCGCAGACAUCUCAAAAGUCUGCUCCGGCACUUCCGGAUCUGCGGGCAGCAGGCAGCCAGCAUUCCUCAUCACGCAGCAGGCUCCUUCAAUUACGAGGGUGCCUCCUUCUAUUGAAAGGGAGUUCGGUGGUGCCAAUGGAGGUGGACAGAGCUGCUGGAGUGGGAGCAGGGAGAAGCAGGGCAGGAAAGGGCAUCAUGGAGGGCAUGCUGGGGAAUGCCAUGGCCACCUUCCACAAGUAGGUCCUUCAUGUCUCCUCUUCUGCAGAUAGUGGCUCCCACCUGGAAACUGUAUAUUUCCAUCCAGAAAAACAUUUCUUGGAUUCUGAGUUCAUCAUUCAUUCCUUCAGACAUUGCUUAGUCCAGAAGGCUCUGAAACUUGGAAGGAUUCCCAGAAAGGAUUCUCUCCAAGGCUUUCUGAGGGUCUGAGGCUCCAUGUGUGUGCUAAUUGUAUAGAUGCAGACUGAUGGUAGAUGGUCUGUCCCCCACUCACCUGGAGGGUUGUGCCAGCUGACUUCGGAGGGGUUGGCUCUGCACUCCUCAGUGACUGCUGGGUGAGAUUGUUUCACUGGGCCAAGAUAAGCACAUCCUCAAAUAAGCAAGUCAGAAUGCAAUCUGGAUCCUGAAGACCCAACUAGACAAGAGAUACAUUCCAUGUCAUAGCUCUAGUGUCUGCCACAUGAACUAGCACCUGGAUAUUCAGUCCAUAAAUAAUCUUUUGUGGAAAGAAUGAAUGUAAUAAGUGCCACCUUCUGCAUGAAGCAUUUGUUUGCAGGACAUAAAGAUAAGGAGAUACCAUCAUGACCCUCUAGGUACCAAUAGUCCAGCUCUGAAGGUCCAGAAAACUAAACAUCCUCCUCGGCCAAAGCUACCAGGGUGAAGAUUCCUACAUCUCAUCCUCUCUGGAUGGAUAUCAAGCUGAUACUUCAGAUUCAUCAGUUUCCACCUCAAAUGUUCUCCAUCUGCUUGGCUGAUGGCACCAGCUUCCCCCAGCCACCGAUACUCCAAACCCGCAUCAUCUCUGAGUCCUACAUUUCCCUUCCCUCCACUCCCACAGCCAAGUCCUGUUGCCUCUGCCUUCCCCAUGUCCCCCAGAGCUGUUUCUGUCCAUGUUCAUUGAAUGCCCGUGGUUCCAUCCCCAAAUGACCUCACUUCCUCAGCAUCUUCCCACUCCUCACCUCUUUCCCCACAAAGUGUCCUCUGAAUGGACACCAGGGUGCUUCAGAACCCUUCGUGGAUCCUCACACUAUGCAAAUAAAGCCCAAACACCUGAGCAAGUCUUUCAGGGCCCCUGCAAUCUGGUGCCAAUGAACUUUUCCAUUGUUAUUCCACCUUCUACCAUCCCCCCCAUGCAGCUCAGGUUCCAACCACAGAAAAACCACACCCUUCCCCCAGUCUCCUCUGGGCCCCCACCAUGUGGUCACCAGGGUCUGGAACACCUGUCCUUCUACUCUACUACCUACAAGCCCCAGCUGAAAGGCCAACUCCUCAGGAAGACCUUCCCUAUCUGAAAAUCAGAAGAGCACUCUCUGGUGUGCUGUGGCACUCUGUUUGUCCCCUCUGAAAUAAUAUUUGUCACUCUCCACCAUGUGUCAUAGUUACACUUGUGCAUGUCUUAUCUUCCUGCCCCAUUGGAAUGCAGAGUGCCUGAGGUCUUGCACCCUGCCAAGGGCCCUGGUGUUCUAGCACGAUGUAUUGAGUGGGAGCAAAGAAUGACAGCUGUCAUUAUUUUUCUAAUGUAUGCCUUUGGGGGACCAAUGCCUAGGGAACACAGUUGUGCUUUCUUACCCCAGGCUGCUGGAGUGACAGUAACCCUUAUUCCCUAAUCUAUGCUCUCAGAGCACCAUGUUUAUCCCUCUCUUUGGCAACGUCUAUACUUGACCUUGCUUUUUAGUUAGUGGUACACAUGCCUGCCUCUCACACUGUCCCAUAGCAUCACAUCUCAGGACACAGAUAAAACCCAUCUUCAAAAUUUUCCCAUACAGGGACGCCUGGGU